CUCCGGCCGUAACGGCUUGUCAGAGGGAGGGAGGCGCCCGCUCGAUACGCUCCGCUCGUAGUAAUGGCGACCGAAGUAAGACAGGAGCUUGUGCAGCUAAUGAAUUCAAGUGGAUCUCACAAGGAUCUCGCUGCAAAGUAUCGGCAAAUUCUAGAGAAGGCUAUUCAGUUCACAGAUGCAGACCAGUUGGAAUCUUUAAAGGCAUUUGUUGAAGCAAUGGUUAAUGAAAAUGUCAGUCUUGUCAUUUCAAGACAACUGCUCACUGACUUCUGUACACACCUCCCCAGUCUGCCUGAUAGUACAGCUAAGGCAGUUUACCACUUCACCUUGGAAAAGAUUCAGCCCAGGGUAAUCUCUUUUGAGGAACAAGUAGCCUCAAUCAGACAACAUUUAGCUACAAUUUAUGAAAAAGAAGGGGACUGGAGAAAUGCUGCCCAAGUUUUAGUUGGUAUUCCCCUUGAAACAGGGCAAAAGCAGUACAAUGUUGACUAUAAGCUGGAUACAUACUUGAAGAUUGCCCGUCUCUACUUAGAGGAUGAUGACCCUGUGCAGGCAGAAGCCUACAUCAACAGAGCCUCUUUGCUUCAGAAUGAAUCCUCUAAUGAACAGCUGCAGAUUCAUUAUAAGGUGUGCUAUGCUAGAGUCUUAGACUUUAGGAGGAAGUUCAUUGAAGCUGCACAGAGGUACAAUGAGCUGUCAUACAAGUCCAUUGUCCAUGAAAGCGAACGACUGGAGGCCCUGAAGCAUGCUCUGAACUGCACCAUACUAGCCUCUGCAGGACAGCAGCGUUCUCGUAUGCUAGCCACACUAUUUAAAGAUGAGCGCUGUCAGCAGCUUGCCGCCUAUGGCAUCUUAGAGAAGAUGUAUCUGGAUCGCAUCAUCAGAGGCAACCAACUGCAGGAGUUUGCUGCCAUGUUAAUGCCUCACCAGAAGGCCACCACAGCAGAUGGUUCCAGUAUCCUUGACAGAGCAGUGAUUGAGCACAACCUCUUGUCUGCUAGCAAACUUUACAACAACAUUACUUUUGAAGAACUUGGGGCGCUGUUGGAAAUCCCUCCUGCAAAGGCGGAGAAAAUUGCUUCUCAGAUGAUCACAGAAGGACGCAUGAAUGGUUUCAUUGACCAGAUAGAUGGCAUUGUGCACUUUGAAACUCGCGAGCCCCUGCCCACUUGGGACAAGCAGAUCCAGUCUCUGUGUUUCCAGGUCAACAAUCUCCUAGAAAAGAUCCGUCAAGCAGCUCCAGAAUGGGCGGCACAGGCGAUGGAAGCCCAGAUGACACAAUGAACAUCUACCAAACAUUCCCAAACAGCCGAUUCAAUCAAACAACCCCCCCCCCCACGGUUUCAUUUCAUCCUCUUAUUGCCAAUAUCCCCAACGACAACAACCUCUGUGUCUGACAUAACCAUCCAUUUAGCCCGAAUGAUUUUUUUUUUGAGAGUUCUGGACUGUACUGACUUUUCACACGUUGUUUUAUGACUAAUUAAUUAACCUUACUGCUCGUUGUAAACCGUCUAAUAAACAGUGUUUUGUUAAUCACCCCCAAAUACUGAUUGAAAUGCUCAAAUAUUGCUUUAUUGCAGAAGUACUUUAUCAGACCUACAGGUAAGGCUGGACCCGAAUAUCCAGGUGUUGGGAUAUUCGUCCACUGGGCAGGUGUUCAGUUUCCAUUUUGGGAUUCGGAUGUUGUGUUUUUUUUUUCCCAUACGUGUUGGCUAUCAAUAAAGACGAACUGCACCA